AUGGAGGAGGCUCCUGUGACUGCUGCCACGGGGUCCUUGGGGCCUGUCAUCGCCAAGCUUUCUGAUCUGCUGGGCAGUGAGUACAAGAUUCGGUGGCGUACUCGGAGGGACGUCAAGUUCAUCAGGUCUAAGCUCAAGCCCGUGCAUUCCAUCCUCUGGAACAUAUGGGAGAGGGAGGAGCUUGAUGCUGCAUCAAAGGCGUUGAAGAUGGAGGCAUUGGAUCUUGCCGACGAUGUGGAUGACGCCAUCGUCGACUUCCUCCUCAGCUUGGAGCGUAACCUCAGCAACAAGCGGCUCGUACAGACCAAGAUUAAAGCAAGCCCUUUCCACGAUUUCAAGAAACGAUCUACUGAUGUGUCAAGGAGGUGUCGCACCAAGUGGAAGAAGGCUCUCUCAAGUUCAUUGUCAUGGGGAAAAUUAGCCACCGCCGACUCCGGUCCUGCAAAGCCUCGAGCUCCCUUUCUCCGCAAGGAUGCAUCAGAGCUCGUGGGUAUGGCUGGACCAAGGGAUGAGCUCAUCCAACACCUCGUCGGAGAAGGCGAGACAACAACGCCGGUGGGUAUGGCCAUACCAAGGGAUGAGCUAAAAUAUGCAUUCAUUUAUGGAUCGGCCGGUAUGGGCAAAACAACGCUCGCCGACCUAGUGUAUGAGGCGAUUGGAAGUAAGUUCCAGUCUCAGGCUUUUGUGUCAGUCACUCCAGAUGGUAACACGAGACGGGUUCUCGCUGGAAUUCUCCAACAAGUAGCGGCUAAUACUAGUGUGCCACUAGUUGGCACUGAAGCAUCUACGUUGGAACAUCUCAUCGACAUCAUAUCGAAUUUCCUCAAGGACAAAAGGUGUGCUGAUUAUCUUUUCAACUAG